AUGUCCUUGACAAGCGUCCUUUUCCUUCUUGCUUGCAUCCCUUCACUAUGCGCCGCUAUAUCUAACGACUCGCGAGGACCGUUCCCAAACCCGCUCUCACGACGUGCUUCAAAGAGCAUACCUUCGGAAGGCUACUAUGAUCCAUUAUCAAACGGUGGCAGCAUGCUAACAGUACUACCGGAUACAUUCCCCGCCGGCCUGGGCGAACCAAUAAAUGUUAUACUCUCAGCCAAGUCGGACGCUGCUGUCCUGGUAGACCAGCAGAUGGACGGAGGACUUCGGAAUUACUAUCAGUCUCUAGGUUUCAGUUCAGAGUGUCUGGGACAGCACUCAGGAUCCGACCAGGCUGCUAAUCUCGGGGACGGGAACGGUUACAAGAACGAGACCGCGGUCAUCCGGUGGGAUUACGGCGACCCUGCCUUUGGGACAUGUACAGAGACCAUUCAGGGCGGCAACCAUUUCCGAUACUGGGUACAGAAUGGGCCAAAGGCUGAUAGCAGCGGUGCUAUUUUCAUGGCUUUGUCGUAUGAGAAGCCUAUAGCACUUGGCCACGAUAUCAUUGAGAACGGGUACAACUUAGCACGAGAUUGGCUCAUUGGCAACGCCACGGGUCAAUCAAUCCCCACAGCGAACCUCACAAACUCAUCAAGCUAUUCCGGAUCGACGUCAGCGCAGGGCUACACAUACGAGACGUCGGUACAUUACGUAUCUGGCCUGCUCCAGAACACGAGCGAGGGCAUUAAUCAUUACCUUACUGUUGGCGUCAACGGAACGAACGCCGUAGAUGGUCUCGUAGCAGUCAUGGAAGUGCAUAUCUCGGCGAAGCCAGCGAAAUCCAAGUGCGUCGGACUUUCACUGCGCUCCCCCUAA